UCCACCACCCAGGGCAAAAAGCCUAGCACCAGCACCACAGCCCCAACCUCCUCAAGAUAGCAGCAGCCGCACUUGUUCACUGUCUCGUCUCCGGCAAACCUCUCCUCUGCUCUGGUUCGACGACGACGUCGAUCGAUCGAUCGUCUAGCUAGCUGGUGUACGUACGUAGUAUAUAUGGAGGUGCACGCGGCGCCGGCGGUGGGGAAGCGGCUGUGGAGCUACGUGCGCGCGGCCUUGUUCAUGGCGCGCAACGGCAAGCGCAAGCUCCUCCUCAGCAUGCACCUCCUCGGCGCCAACAACAAGCAGCGCCGCGGCGGCACCAAGGCCGUCACGCGCGCCGUCGCCAGCCUCCUCUCCCACCACGCCAACUCAUCCUACGCGCUGCGCCGCCGCGACUACGAGUUCUCCUGCACCAACAGCCCCGCGGCGGCCUCCUCCUCCUCCAGCAGGCGCCGCCUCGCCUACUUCCCCUGCCUCGGCGCGGUGGCCGAGGACGAGCAGUACGACUACGCCUACGCGUACGCGUACGGGUACAGGUACGACGGGUACGACGGCGGCUCCCUCUCCCUCCCCGCCGCCGAGCCCGAGCCGCCCCUCGACAGGAUCGAGUACUACGCCUCCUCCUCCGACGCCGCGGCAUCGCCCGCGCCGGGUGGGUCAGCGUCGGCGUCGCCCGCGCUGCUGCUCCCGGGCGCGGCCAGCGGCGAGUUCUCCGUGCGGGUGUCCAACUACUCGUCCGAGGACGACGAAGCAGCAGCAGGCGCCGGCAGCGACGCCGUGGACGCCGACGCGGAGGAGUUCAUCCGCCGCUUCUACGACCAGCUCCGCCGCCAGAACACCGUCGCGAUGCUCCCCUACUACAUGCAGGAAACCAUCGCCGCCGCGUGAAUCGUGAUGCAUGGCGCCGGCCGGCCGGCCAGCCGGCUGCUGGACCCUUUUGAGCUGGCCAUGUGAACGUGAUCGUCGGUCGGGGUCGGAGAUGAUGAUGGUGAUCAACCACACGUACGUCACGUACGGUGCCUUGCAAUAUAUGGAUUCCUUGCGUUGGCGCGUUGCAUUGCUUGGUGUGCAGGCAUGGGAUCGGGGUAUGUGCAGGGUACAGUUCAACGUACAUGCCUUGUAUAUAUGUACAUAUGCAGUACGGCAGUACGUGCCUUCGCUUUUUGCAUGUACAUGUGUACAUACGUAUCGUGAUGCAUGUGAAGAACCAAGGUCUUUGAGUCCCCGUUGUUUUGGUUGCUGGGACGACUGAUACAAGCAAGCUGCCCGUGUAGGGUUAUUUCGGUGUUGCACGUUUUUCUUCUUCUUUUGUGUGUAUGUCAAUAAUAGCAAGUCAUGCAUAUCCAUCGAUGUAAUGUAAUGUAAUGUAAGCUACUCCUAUGUAGUAUAUGUCCUACUAGAUACAGAAUAAAUUAUGUUAAUUACAGUGGUUUGCAACCACCUUUAAAA